AUGAAGUCCUUCUUCGCUCUCGCCACCCUGGCCAGCCUGGCCGCUGCCAUCUGCGACCACGGCACAACCUUCUUUCCCCGGAGCGUCGACGAGGUUCACGUUGCCGAUUUCGGCUUCAACGAGCUCGAUGGCCCGCUAAACUGGCACGCUCUGGCCCCUGGUAACAUCAACUGUGCCAAGGGCAAGAACCAAAGCCCCAUCAACCUCGCCUCGUCGGAAUGGAAGACGGUGGCUGGCAGCAGCCUCGGUUUCAACAUUGACACGGUCCCCAACACGGGCGCGAAGUUCCUGAACCUGGGCAGCACCGUCGAGGUUGUUGCUAACGGCACCCUGGUUCGCAGCGGCAAGACGUAUAACCUCGUCCAAUUCCACUUCCACACGCCGAGCGAGCACCGCGUGGACAGCGAGCACUACCCCAUGGAGGUGCACUUUGUCUUCCAAGCUGCCGAUGCGUCCCUUUCCGUCGUUGGUUUCCUCAUUGAGGUUGGCAACGCCAGCCAGGCCCUGAAGCUCUGGCCCAAUGUCUUCAAGAACCUCAACGACAUCCGUGACCCCGGCACCCUGACCAAGACCGGCCCCCUGUCCUUCAACGAGCUCAAGAACCACCUCGCCAAGUCCGCCGUGUUCCAGUACUCGGGCUCCCUGACUACCCCUCCCUGCACCCAGAACAUUGCCUGGAACGUCGUCAAGCAGCCUGUCUACAUUGACCUCGCCAACUACAUCAGGGCCAAGAGCGUCAUGAAGUUCAACUCGCGCAUCACCCAGAACUUCCCCGGCGAGAUCAACCUCAUCGAGAACGCCUGCAACUCUCUGUAA